AUGACGGAUGGUGCUGGGCCAGCAGAUAAUCUGCAUGAUGGACAUCGAAAGCCAGGUGCUCAAUCACCUGGAGGCGGAGAUCGACCAGGGAGUGGUGGCAGUGGCUAUCAAACUUCAUGGGAAGACCUGACACCCGAACCUCGUCCCCGAUCGCGAUCUCGUGGACGAGGGAGAAAUCCACGAUCUCGUGGACGCAAGGAAACACACCGAGUCAAACAUGAAAGGCCUCGUACUCCCCAUCGAUCUCAACAUCGAAAGUCGGGAGGGCACCGGAGCUCCCAUCAGCGCCGCGUAGUUGCGUCCCGCUCUCCAACAAGGCAGCAAAAAGGGCCAGAUGGUACACCCUUUGGCAGCUUACCCGAGUACAAGAGGAAGGGGAGCAUGGCCAUGGGCCUCGGAGAUCACUUCAUGAAAACGUACAGGCACAUCAAAGCCGAGCAUGAAGCAGGCCACCGUACGAAAGGUGCGUUCGAGAACGCCCUCGAUGGGAUGAGGAAGAAGAAGACGGAUGCGAAGGAUUAUAGUGAUAGAUUCAGGGAAGGCGAAAGGAGAGAGAGGGAGAAGAUACGAAAGAGCGAGCUAGAGCGAAAACGACUUGAACACGAACAUCGUGGGAAGCGAAGACAAGAGGAAGACAGGAAGAAGGACCAUAGCUCGCUGAUUCCCGAGAUCCGUGUUCAGCCUCCUACAUCUGGUGCGACGCCGAUUCGCCCAUUGUCCCCUGUUGCUCACGAUUUCGCGCUCCCUGAGAUGGACCAUGAAGUGGAAGAUGAGCUUCGGGCUUAUAAUGAAGCGCCGUAUCACGAGGCGCCUCCUUCUCCUAUCAUGGCUCGAUAUCCAGAUAUGCCUCCUUCUCCGGAUGUAUCAGACGGCCCUUCAGGACCAUCCUCCCCAAUCAUCUCGCACGCACCACGCGCUCCAUCGCCAUUAAAUCGUUCUAUGCCCGAAUUCUUACAAAGCGUCCCGAUGCCAGUUCCUCAACAACCAGCACCUCGUCCUCCAGUUCCGCCCCCACCACCUCCUCCGCCGGCAUCAAGACCUCCUCCUCCACCCGGACUCCCUCGACUGCCCUCAGUGGGACCAUCCAAUAUGGCCGCCAUGCUUGGCGAUAUCCGCGGUCCACGCAACCUACGUAGUGUAGCAGCUUCAGAUAAGAAAGACAGCAGCGCCAACCCUCGAGCAGGUAGGGUAUUGUACGACGAAACAGCACACAGCCGCGAAGUAGAAGAACACGAGCAAGCUCAAGCUAGGGAAUCCGGUAGCCACUCGCCAGUGCAAAGAAACAGCGCAUGGAGCACUGCCUACUCUGCAGACGAAGAAGCAGAUGCACGGCCUGAACCAAACAGGGCCUUCAAAGACGAACUGGCAAGGAGAUUGGGCGCAGGUAUUGGCAAUUCUACAACGGGGACUCCACGGGGUUCUGACGAUAGCUCACUAACAGCAGGCUCUAGGACACCGAUGAAUGCCAAUGUGUCGCGAAAGCUGCAGAACGAAAAAGCUCCUUUUCAAAGGCUUUCGAGAUCAGAGAGUGGGGAGGAUCCCAUCUUUACUUUGGCGGCACAUAUUGCGCAGCCAGGUUGGAGUUUUGACGGGCUUACUGGGACACGAUGA